AUGCGCAAGGCGCCCACCGAGUGCGGGUCCCUGUGCACCACAGCCCUGGGAAGUUUCUGUGUGUCUGGCGUCUCCCUCUCCAGGUCCUCCGUCCCAGAAAUGUGCCGUCUCAGACUCACCGUGCGGUCAGCGAGGCUGCUGCUCUGCUAUCUCCUGCUGCACCCUGUGGGGGCCACUUCAUGUGGAAACCAGACAAAUGUCCCUACACCCCUUCCACCAUCCCUGGGACCUUGGCCGACUUCCUCAGGCCCCUUGUCCUGCCAGACCUUGCACCCCAAAUCCCUGUCUGGCUUCACCCAUAUGGCAUCUCCACACAAGUUCCUGGUGGGCCUGCCGCUGGUGGGAGCCCUGGAGGAGAUGGGCUGUUCCGAGGAGGCCGGGACCCUGCGGCAGCAGCUCUACCGCCUGGGGGGGGUGACAGCUACGCAGAUCCUCAUCCGACAUCUCCGAGAGCUUCAGAAAGGAAAAAGCACGAGGAGGAGUGUGUCAGUGGACACCCUGACCUCUGCUUUGCAACUGCUGGCCAGGGGACAGGCAGGUCCUGACAGAGCCCGGCGCUCCCCCUCCAUCAGCGACUGCGAGCAGGAGCAGGAGCAGAGUGUAUACAACAUCGUGCGGAUGCUACCGGGGGUGGGGAUGUACUACAACCUCGGCACAGCUCUGUAUUAUGCGUCUCAGAACUGUGCAGACAAGGCCAAGGAGCGAGGCCGAGAUGGGGUCUUAGAUCUGGGUUAUGACCUUCUGAUGACCGUGGCUGGAGUGUCAGGAGGACCCAUGGGCUUAUGGAUCAGUGCUGCUCUUAAACCUGCAGUGAAGAUUGGGGUGCAGAGGUUGAUCCAGUAUUACAAUGAAGAAGAUACCAACACCCCUUACCCAGAGACCGGCCGGAGGGUUUGA